AUGCCAAGCCCCUCACACCAUCAGUACCACCACCCCUACCACACCCAGCCUCCUCCUCCUGCUUCACCUCCUGCUGCCCACCACCCCUACCACACCCAGCCUCCCCCUCCUGCUUCAACCCCUGCUGCCCACCACCCCUACCACACCCAGCCUCCCCCUCCUGCUUCACCCCCUGCUGCCCACCACCCCUACCACACCCAGCCUCCCCCUCCUGCUUCACCUCCUGCUACCUACCACCCCUACCACACCCAGCCUCCCCCUCCUGCUUCACCCCCUGCUACCUACCACCCCUACCACACCCAGCCUCCCCCUCCUGCUUCAACCCCUGCUGCCCACCACCCCUACCACACCCAGCCUCCUCCUCCUGCUUCACCCCCUGCUGCCCCUCCCCUUGCCAUGCCCCCCCUCCAUGGGAUGCCCCUCAUGCCUUCCAUGCCAGGUCUACCUCUGAUGCCAGGUGUGAUGCCAGGUCCGACACGGGCCCCCCCUCCUGAUGACAUGGUGCGGUCCAGGGCCCCCCCUCCUGAUGACAUGGUGCGGUCCAGGGCCCCCCCUCCAGAAGGAGUGGUCCAAUCCAGCGUGUCUAACUCAGAAAGCCCCUCCCACAACAUCAAGGAUAUGAUCAAACAGUACCAACACCCAUCUAACCCUGCACCCAGCCAGCCUGCACACACACACAGGAAGGGGGAGGGGAAGAUGUUUGUGAAGAAGCCGGACCCUCAUGAUGAAGCCAUGUACAUCCUGAAAGACCAGAUGAGCAACCCACCACCACAGAAGUCUUUCUCUCCGGCGGCGCCUCGGGAACCAAGGGAGGAGGGUGGAUCCAAAGUCACCAAGGCAACCAAACCCCGCCCACCUGCCCGAGCCGACUCCCACAGCAGCCCCCUCCCUCCACCAGUGUCCAGAGAGCUGCCUGUAGAGGAAGAGACCAGCCAGACCCAACUCCAUCACAGGAGUAGUGAAGAACACUACACUUACACCAACACACCCUGGAAGAUUUACCUGAGGAAGGAGGUGUUCUACCCUGAAGACAACUUCAACACUCCUCUGCUGCUGGACCUGCUGUUCAGACAGAUAGUCCAUGACACCUACUCGGAGGUCUGCAUCCGCAUCACUCAGGAGGAGAGGACCAAGAUGAAGGCUCUGUUUGUAGAGAAUCAGGUUGGCCAGGAUGGCGCCACACAGGAUGAGAGUCUCAAGAAGAAAAUCGUGACGACGGCCAAAGACUCCUGGGAAAUAUAUUUCUCACGACUCUUCCCUGCCUCGGGCAGUGUGGGUACUGGGGUCCAGGUGGUCUCAGUGUCUCAUCGCGGCGUCAAGCUGCUGAAGACUGUGAGAAGCAGCUCUGUUGCCCCGGACUACUUCAGAGUACUACGCCCUUACAGUUACGCGGACAUCCUGUUUGUGUCCAUUCCAUCUCAGAACAUGUUGGAGUUUAACCUGACCAAUGAGAAGCUGAUUCUGUUCUCCGCCAAGGCUCCACAGGUCAAACACAUGGUGGACUACUUCAUCACUGAACUGAAGAAGGACUCUGAGUUUGUGGUGGCAGUGAGGAACUACAUUACAGAAGACAGAACUCUGCUCAGCUUCCACAAGGGAGACGUCAUCAGAUUACACAGCGUGGAGGGACUGGAGGAAGGCUGGCGGUACGGGGCGGUCUACGGGCGAUGGGGUGUGUUUCCAGGUGAGUGUGUCCAGCCGGUCGCCGCUCCAGACUUCCUGGUUCUCCCUGCUGAGAGGGCGGAGCCUCGCGACAGACACGGCCGUGUUGCCGCCACCGCUGCGGUCGCCGUGGCGAUGGGCUCUACUGUCGCCGCCCAUGAACUGGACCUCAACACAGGUUUUCAUCAGCCGUCCGGGUCGCCGGUCUCAGACGACCCCCAACAGGUGAAGAAGCCGGACGUGGACGUCCUGACGUGGUUGUGA